CGUGCGAUUUGGGGAUGGAGCCCAACACGGUUUCGGCACGUUUCGCGCUAUUGCUUCAACUUGCGUAUAAAUACAUGCCACUUGUGGGAAGGAAAAGGAAAAGGAAAAAGAAAAAGAAAAAAAAAGGGAAAACAUUCGACUUGUGCAGGGAGGGUGAAGAAGCCAUGACCGGAAAAAAGCAAGCGGAGGAGAAGGAUGCCGGAAAGGAGGACCACAAGCUGAAUCAAAGGAAGAUUGAGAAGAAGUGGAAGGAAAAGGUGAAAUUCUUCGGAGGACUGGCAGCUAAGAUGACUGCUGUGCAAGCAGAGCUGAUAGGUGAAAUGGACAAGAAUCUGCCGGAACUCGGAUCCGACACGAACUCACCGAAUCUUCAACCUCUGCAACUCACUGUUGACCAGCUCCGAAAGGUCAACGCGCUGGCCACUCUGUUGAACGACGAGGUCGAAGAUUUUGUCGAUGAAUUUCUCGAUGAAAUUCAGAAGGCUGAUCAAGAUGAUUCUCCUCCCCCCCCCCCAAAUAUGAAAUAUUCUGAUUUUAUUUUUGGAUACAUGCCCUAAAUUUGGAUCUUCUUUUGGUAGUUUUUUUGGUUUAUGUUAUUUUUGUUAGGGUAUCAAAUAGCGUUUCGAAAACGCUACAACGGCCGUGAUAUUACGGUUGUGUCACCGUCCGAAAUCGUUAUUAGUUGUUUUUGUGGUGGGUCAUAGAUUCACACAAAUUACGGUCGAUUGCCCCCGUAAUUUAACGGUAAACGGACGAUUGCGUCGAUAACGGGACAUAAUCGCCGUUAUUUCAACCGUUAUUGCAAAAAAAAUUAAAGAAAGAUUUUUUGUGUUCAUCGU